AUGGUGGAGCCGCCGGCUGAGCCUCCCCCGCAGCCCUGCCCGGCUCCCGGGGGGGCAGCGGGAGGAGAGCCAGCACGUCCUGGGGAGCAGUCGCCGCUGCUGCACCUGGAUCUGUACAACUUCGACUGCGCGGCGGCGGAGGGCAGCCGGUAUGUGCUGACCAGCCCGCGGUCGCUGGAGGCCUGCGCCCGCUGCGCCGUGCGGCCGGUGGAGCUGCUGCCGCGGGCGCUGGGGGAGCUGCUGCGGGAGGCCCCCGGGCGCUCCAUGCGGGUGGCCGCCGGGCUCUACGAGGCCUACGAGCGGGAGCGCCGCCGCAAGCUGCAGCAGUGCCGGGAGGAGCGGGAGAGGAUCAUCCGGGAGGAGAAGCGGCGGAUCCUAGCGCCUCUCGGCAGCCUGCCGCCCUCGCCCGCCGCACGGGUCGCGCCCCGGGCUGCAGCCGCCGCUGCCACCGCUGCACCCCGGCCCCAUGGCGGGGGGAAGGCUGGGGCGUCGGGAGGUGCCAAAGGCAAGAGCCACUCUUUGGACUCACUACAGAAACGCCGUGAGGGGAGCUGGGGCAAGACCUCCUCCGAGUCGGGGGCCUCGUCCUCCUACAGCGGGGAGAGCCUGCGGGAGCGGGGGGGCAAGCUGGGGGGCCGGGGCCGGGGGAUAGCUAUCGCGGUCAACGGCUCCUUGCUGGGGCGCAGCUUCAGCCUGGGUGACCUCAGCCACUCACCGCAGACGGCUCAGAAGGUGGAGAGGAUCGUCCGGGAAGUAAAGAGGAGAAAGGGCUUAUCAGAGGUGCCCGAAAGGGACAAGAAAAUCGCUGCGCUGAUGAUUGCCAAGCACCAGGAGGCCAACCUGCUGCGGGAACAGCGGCAGGCGGCCCACCUACAGUGGGACAGCCAGAGGCGCCAGGCCGAGCAGCGGAAAGAGAAGGAGGAGAAGGAGAAGCAGAGGGCCCUCUUGCAUGGCCAGCGAUUGUGGGAGAGCCAGGUGGAGAAGCGUCGGGGCAGGCUGACCCAGGAACAGGAAGAAGCCGUUCUGCUGAAGCAGAGGCAGCGUAUGAUGUGUGAGGAGAGGUGGCGCGAGCAAGCGGAGAAACAGGAGCGGCUGCGGAGGGAGAGGCUGGAGAGGGCCAUCCAGGAGGACAAGCAGAAGAAGCUCCAUCAAGAGCACAACCUGAAGGUGAAGGAGGAAGGCAAGAAGGAGCACCGGGAAAGAGAGGAGCAGCUUCUGCAAGAGAAACUGACCAUGGCCGCACAGAAGAGGAUGAAGAAGGAGGUGCAGCUGCAGAAGGAGAAGAAGCUGCUCAACCAAGCAGAGAAGCUGAAGCAUGAGGCUUUGCUCAAGGAACUGGCCAAGCAAGAGGCAGAAGAGAAGGAAAUGCUGAAAGCUUCCCUAGAGAUGAGUUUGACAAAGGCUCAGGAGAACUAUGAGCAGCUAGUGGAGAAGAGGAACCAGGGGCUGAGGGAAAAAGCCAGACGGGAGGACAUGCAGAUCCAGAGAGCCAAACUGGCAGCAGAGAAGAAAGAAAGAGAGCAGAAGGAGCACUUGGAAGCCCUGGCUAGAGAGACAGAGAGAAAGCUCCAGCAUGCUGCCCAGGUGGCUGAAGAGGCUGUCCAAGAAAAAGCCCGCAGGGUGGUCUUGAGCCGUCUGGAGAAGGAGAAGGUACAGAAGAUGAACAAGCAAAAGGUAGAACAGUAUGAGGACUUAAGGCGUAGGGAGAUUCUCCUUUCUAUAGAGAGGAAGCUGGAGAGGAGCGAGCAGAUCUUCAAGGAGAAGAAGACUGUCUUAGAAAACGCCAGGUCUGUUGCUCGGGCGUCCUUCCACGUUCGGGAAAAGGUCCGGGAAGAGACGAACACCCGCACCUUUGACAAGAUGGCCUUUGAAGCAGAACUGCAUGCCCACCUGAGUAAGAAAUGA